AUACGUUUUUCGUUGGUACACGAGCAUUUCUACCGGGGAGACAGUAAAAUAAAUAGAAAUAAUAACGAGUGUUGCUCGGCUUGACUAGUCUCGAUCUUUUAUUUGUCAGUCUCGCGAUCCACGUCGUUCAGAUCACGCGCAAAUCGCAAUCACAUAUUAUACAAAUCGUAAAAAAUGUUUAAAAUUGUGCGAGAAGAGGCACGCCUCGUCAACAUCAAUAUCCGAGACAAUACCAAUUCCCAUGGCACAGAUGAAGCGGCCAAAUUGUUGCUGCGAGAAGACGCCGACCCGAAUAAUUCGGCCAACGAGGACGGUUCGACUCCUCUGCACGUCUUUUGCAAGAGAGACGACGGGGAUGAAUUCGUAAGGCUAUUCUUCGAGAGCGCCGACGAAAAACAUCAGUUGGUGCGAGUCGACGCGAAGGACGAGUUGGGCCGGACUCCGCUUCAAUGGGCCGUGGCGAAUCUCCUGUUGGGGGCGGUCGAUUUGCUCUUGGAACACGGUGCCGAUGCGUCGAGCUUCGUUUUCCCCACCGAGGAUUACUUCGACGCGAAUUUCGAUUCGAGCGAUUGCGGCUAUCAGUACAGAUUGAAGCGAGCGUCUCGAGUUCUGAGCGUCGUCGAGCGCCUGGAGAAAGGAGGAUACGAGCCGGACCGAGACGCCGUUUUAACGAUCAUGAAAUUUUUCUCCAAGCACGGAUUGUUCGAGAUGUCGGCGAAACUCCACGGACGAACGCGAUAUCUCGUGAAAUUGUUGCAGGAGGACGAGGCGUUCGCGAACAUGGCGAGAGAAUUGACGAUCGAGCCGAGCCUCACCUUCUACGAUUUGAUUUCGUUGCCGACCGGACGGGCGAAAAGAUUGCUCACCUACGCGGACUGCGCGAGGCUCGCGAGCUCGAACAAAUGGUUCGAGCUGUCCAUGAAUCAUAUCCUGGCUUGUCUUGGAUACCUGUGCGAGACGAUGUUGGGCAAAUUUUGUCAGCGAUGGUUCCUGGAUUCUUUCGCGGAGUUGACGCGCCAUCGGCUGCCGAUUCUCUGCUCCGAUAUCGUCGUCGAGCAGCUUUCGAACGAGGAUUUGUUCAAUGUAUGCCUGGCGGUCAGUGAUUGAAACUAUAAAUACUAGAACAACUUACCAAAGUCUUUGUCGUAAACAUCGAGAGUUUUCGAGAUCGAAGUAAAGGCAUUAUGUUUAAAAUUGUUAAUAGUUAAUUACUAAGUUAAUUGUUAAAAGUUAUAAAUAAAGUUCAAAAUCAAA